GUUCGUACGAAGGCAAUGAUUUUUCUCUAAAGAAUUUUUAACCUAUAUUCUCAAAUCUAUGACAUAUCUAGAAACACAAAAAUUUAGAAGAACAAAUUUUUUUUAUUAGCUUUAAAAACUACUCAUAAAACUCACAAUGUUUCUUAUAUAUUUUUCCAUUAGACCUCUAUUCAUAUGAAAAUACAAUUAAUUCCCUUUUAACACGUGAAAUAUAGAAAAUACAAACAUAAUAUAAAUAGAAAAUUUUAUUUUCCUCUUUCUAAAUUUUUUAUCGUGUUUAUCUUAACAUAUUAAACAUCUAAUAAUAUGUUAAGUUUCCACAAGUCCGGGUUCUCAGACCAUUUAAAUCUUCUUAUUUUUUCAUUCAAAAAAAAUAAGUUUCUACAAGUUUGAAAUUAUACAACAUAUAAAUUAUGUGGCAAUAUGAUUCGCGGCUGUUACUUUAAUAAACUUAAAUUGUCUUCGUAGUCCAAAAAAAACCCUAAGCAGUACCCUAUAAUAUAUACACACAAUAACUGCUCAGAGUCAGGCCACAAACGCUAGAAUCAGCCUCACGAUGAAUUCGCCGGAUCAACAUCGGAGUUUAAAGCUGACGAUCCCCCAGUCAAGCAGAUCUCCAGGGCUGAUGCUUUUUCCGAGAGACGGUGGUUGUGUGCUGUACGACCCUAUAGAAGGCAAUAUCCAGACUAACCUGGGAGACUUUCCAGGGUGUAGGUUCCUGGCAAACUCGGGCAACUGGCUCUUGGUGUUAGAUUCUGGAUCCAAUUUAUAUAUCAUAGACGUGUUUAGUAAGGAAACGAUCCCUCUUCCAUCUCUAGAGUCGAUUGAGUCAGCUGAUUGUAUUGUCAAGCGCGUGGGAGAUAGAGAAUUUAUAAGGGAUGAGUCUGGCGCUAUUUACGGGGAUCUGAGUGCUGAUGUGGUGAGGGGACUUUUGUGGGUUUCGGAGAGUGGAAAAGAGUACGUCGUGGUGUGGCUCUUCGACCUCCCUGGCCACUCUUACAUGAGCUUCUGCAAGAAUGGGGAUUCUCAUUACACUGACAUUCCUCUCGUUUUCGAUGACUAUGCCUUUCACAAGUAUGAUGGCUUGUCGGAUAUGGUGCUAUGUGGUACCCGCCUCUACGUCUCAACAAGUCGUCGUUUUGUUCGAGUCUUUGAUCUGUCUGGACCGCAAGGUUUCUUCAAGGACAUUACCGGUCAAAUACCAUUCCCAAUGCUUUCUCAUCAUGAUUACGCCUACGAUUCUAGCAUUGCGGUUACAACAUCAUCAGGAGAGGUUUUGUUGGUUGAGAGUGAUCCAUCCAGUAGGACCUGGUUCCGCCUCUACAAGAAGGAUCCUGAUGUAGAAGACCCAGAUCACGCCUGCCACACGGUUACUGAGGUACAUUCUCUUGGUGGUGAGGCUCUGCUUCUUGACUUGGGUUUUGCUGUGCCUGCUAACAAGGCCCUUGGUAUCGAACCAGACUCCAUCUAUUUCACCCGUCACUUUCGUCCCUGCCAUUGCUCACCUCGCGACCUUGACAUCUGUGUGUACAAUCUUGCAACGAAGACCCUCCAUCGCUAUCACAAUCUUAACAAGAUGGAUCUCAUGGAUGCUCGAUGGUUUCUCCCUUCUGGGAAUUAAUUUGCUCUUCUCCUUUUAUUUAUUAUGCUUUUGAAUAAAGGUUUAGGAUGUUGACUUAACGAAACAUAUUAUCUUGCUUGACAUUUUGUUUACUUUAAGACUUUGUGAGUGGUGGAUAUCUCUCAUUUUA